GUUUUACCACGUUUGACAACGACCCCUUUCCUUAUAUAGAGGGUGAAAGUCACAUGAGUUGAAUUCCUGGAUUAUAAACGAAGGGUCAGCGAGAAGAAGCUGAAGCCAGGCUCCAGCUUCAGGCGAAGGGGAGGAGAGUGUGUGGAAGGGCAGGGUAGCUAGAUACUGAGCAGAGAGAAAGUUCUCAAGCUGCAGGAACCGAGCCAGGGGCCAGCAAGGCGUGAACAUACAGACAGACAGACAGACAGAGACUGCAGCCCAUCCCAGGCCGGUAGAGGCCGGCUCUGUGUCCCAGGCUCGGAGCUCAGCAAUCCCCGGGAGUGAGCAGAAAGGCGGCGGGGACAAAGCAGACCAUGAUCGGCACCAGAUCCAGGGGCACGGAGCUCUCGGCGCCGGAUCACAAUAAACUCGCUCUGAAAGCCUUCAGGAAAGUCGGAUUGCAGGAUGAUGAAGAUGUAAAAUUCAUGUUAAUGGGCAGUAAGUUAAAAAAAAUCAAGUCUGGGACCUGGAAGAAAAAUCGACGGUUGAAACUGCAGGAGGAUGGACUUUCCAUUUGGUGUGAGUCCAGGAAUAAGGCACCCACCUUCUCAGUUAUGGAUAUCCGAGACAUCCAAGAGGGCCAUCGCUCAGAGGUGAUGAAGAAACAUGGCAGCAGCUUCUCGGAGAAACGGUGCUUCACUAUCACAUUCACAAGCAGUCGUACAAACCUGGAUCUGGUGGCAGAGUCGGAGGAGGAAGGGAGACGAUGGGUUCAAGGACUGAAAAAACUUAUCAACAGAGUGGAAACCAUGAGCCAGCGAGAAAAAAUUGAACACUUGAUCCAUCAGCAUCUUGAAAAGGCAGACAAAAACAAUGACAACAAGAUCAGCUUCAAGGAAGUGAAAAAUCUACUGAAAAUGAUCAAUCUCAAAGUCGAUGAUGAUUUUGUCAACUCCCUCUUCCAGCAAUGUGAUAAAUCCAAAACAAACACUUUGGAGGAGCAUGAGAUCGAGGAGUUCUGCAAUCUCCUGAUGCAAAGACCAGAGUUGGAUGAGAUCUUUCAGCAUUUCUCAGGACAGGGACAGUGGCUGACUGUUUGUGAGGUGGAAAAUUUCUUGAAGGAACAGAAGGAGGCAUCAACAGCUGUAACCUGUUUGAGCAUCAUGCAGAAGUACGGAUUUAAUGAUAAUGCCAAACAGAACCAGUUUUUGACCCAGGAUGGCUUCAUGAUGUACCUGCUUUCUCCUGAUGGGGAUGUGUUUAACUCAGACCAUGACAAGGUUUAUCAGGACAUGACCCAGCCACUUGGUCACUACUUCAUUUCAACUUCCCAUAACACCUAUCUGAUGGAAGACCAGCUGGGAGGGCCAAGCAGUACUGAGGCAUAUAUUAGAGCCCUUCUGAGAGGCUGCCGCUGUGUGGAGCUAGACUGCUGGGAAGGACCAAAUGGGGAACCAAUCAUCUACCACGGACAUACAUUCACCUCAAAAAUCCUGUUCAAAGACGUUAUCCGAACCAUCCGGGAUUAUGCCUUCACGGUCUCUCCGUAUCCCGUCAUUCUGUCCCUGGAGAAUCACUGUGGAGUGGAGCAACAGACAGUCAUGGCCCGGCAUUUAAAGGACAUCCUCGGUGAAAUGCUGGUAACUGCACCACUCGAUGGCAAAAUCCUGAGUGAACUUCCGUCACCCGAGCGACUGAAGAGAAAGAUUCUAAUAAGGGGGAAGAAACUACAGAGUUCUGAGUCCACCCCAGAACAGUUGGAGGAAAUCACCGAUGAAUAUGAAGAAGAGAGUGUGAAAAAUGAAAAGAAAAACAGAAAGAAACUGACCAGUGAGCUGUCAGAAUUGGUGAUUUACUGCCAAAGCACUCCCUUCCAAAGUUUUGAGCAGACUUGGAGCAGGCAAGCAGCACACGAGACAUCCUCAUUCUCUGAAACCAAGGCCAAGAAACUGAUUGCUGAGAAUGGGCCAACUUUUGUCCUUCACAACACAUUGCAGCUAUCCAAGGUCUAUCCAUUGGGCUCACGGAUACAUUCUUCCAACUUCAAUCCUCAGGAGAUGUGGAACGCUGGUUGUCAGCUAGUGGCGCUGAAUUUCCAGAAACCUGGAAUGGAAAUGGAUCUAAACAAAGGGAAGUUCCGACAGAAUGGGCGGUCUGGCUACAUCCUGAAGCCCAGUUUCAUGAGGGACGCAUCCGUUCGGUUUGAUCCUUCAUGGCCACUGUCGGGAGCAGGUCUCGACAGAAAACAACUGAUCAUCAAUAUUAUUACAGCUCAACAGCUCCCCAAAGUGAAUAAGGAUAAAAAGAAUUCCAUUGUGGAUCCUCUGGUGCGUGUGGAGGUGCACGGAGUUCCUGAUGAUAACAGCAUGCAAAAGACCCGCUAUAUCGAAAAUAACGGAUUUAAUCCAGUCUGGAACGAAGUGCUCCAAUUUACCAUCAGUGUGCCCGAGCUCGCUCUCAUACGGUUUAUUGUUGAAGAUUAUGACACAGCCUCCAGCAAUGACUUCAUUGGACAGUUUACACUCCCAUUCACCAGUGUGAAAGAAGGUAGGCAUCACUUUACCCCCUUAACUGCCCUUUGCCUCCGCGUCACCCUUUGUUCUCCCACAGUGCCUUCUUUACCUGACAUUAUGCCCUCCCCACUCCCAACAUUAUUCCUGUUCCCAACGAUGUCCCUGACUACCACUGACUCUCUAAUGGUGUGAAUACUUCAAUCUGCAGGACCCUACUAUUUAUUUUUGAAGAAAAAUAAGCAGCAGCCAUUAAAACAGCAAAAAGGAGAAAACCAAAAGUAGAGAAGCUCUGCCUGGCAACAAGAUCCUUUUCUCUAUUAGCAAUUAUUAACAGAACGUAAGGCUGCAUAGUAAAGAUAGAAAGCAGGUAUUUGAGCAUGGAUUGAGAUUCCAGUAACUUUCUGUCAGGAUUUUAGCUUUGGUACAAACAAUCAUACAUUAAAAUUGACAAUUGGUCUGAAUUGUGCACGAUUGAACAUCUGUUGUAUAUAAUGGUGACCUGAAAGUAUCAUAAUUUGCAACAGCCAAACACUCAAGGCACAUGAUAUAUAUCCAUCAACAGCCUAUUAUAGAAUGAAGCUACACAACCGAGUUGAGAUCAUUGUCUAUCUACCAAAGUGUCAUCUUACUGCAUUGCAAUAAUGUAUCUAUGUACAUCCUAACGCAUAUUUACCACUACACAUCACACCAUGUGACACUUCAGUAUAAGAGGCCUCCUGCUUACUCUCUUCUAUAGUAAUUAGACAGUCAGCCAGUUCACUAAUAAAUAAUAAUCUAAAUAAGCAUAAUACUCAGACUAUAUAAGUCUGAGGUGUCAUAUUAUUGUACACAAUCGGUUGUUAAUAAACUUCCUGCUAGCUGUCUUAUAAGAACUUGAAUUUAUGUACCUGUUACAUGGGCUAACAUAUAGAAAACCCCAUCAGAUCAUGUGCUAUCUCUCUUUGUCCAUUACAUCCCAGUGAUGCCCAGCUUCCUGGUAAUGAGCCUCUGGGAAAAACACCAAGGUGUUUGGAAUGCCAGAAUAAAAGUCUUUCUACAAGAGCACAGCACAAAUUAGCAGGAAUGCUCUCUCACCCCAUUCUGUGCCUGUGUGGGACUAUUUGUUAAGUCAGAGUCUCCAUCAGGUCUUGGAGACUAAUUUGCCAUUCUGAGAGACUUCUGCCCAGAGUGGGAAGUUGGACAAAUUAACAGCUUUACCUUAAUUUUGCAAUUGGUUAAAAUUUAGCUGAGGUGCAGCUAAUGCUGUGCAAAGUUACCACAAAGAUUAUUAACAUGGAAAGUGGUCUAUGUGGAUAGCACUCAGGAGAUAACCAGGCACCGUUGUUGCUCCUCUGCAAUCUGCAGCCCAGUUAACGUCAGUUUGUGUUUUUACCCACAGGUUAUCGACACAUCCACCUGUUGUCCAAAGACUCUGCCUCUCUGUCACCAGCAACUCUCUUUAUCCGGAUAAGGAUUAAGCAUUUAUAGUGUCGAGUGAGCGACCCACUCACAGUCUGUCUGUGUGGCAUGAACUAUUACUGUGACCCACUCUGCCCUUCCUUGCCCAGUGCCAACCAGCGAGCUAGCAAGUCCAGGGAGAAUACACAUGAAGAUUGGAGACUGGAAUUAAAAUGAUAUUGCCUUUGUGUCAGUGGGUCCGGUGUACAGAAGAAAUGUAAAAGGUUAACAUGACAGAGUUAAUGUUUUAAAUUAAGUGUACAUUAGUAGAUUAGAAUGAUGGGUACUGUAUUUUUAUAAAAUAAUUUUUACAUCAAUGAUGCAGAGCUGGAAAACUCCCUCAGUUCGCAACAAUAACAUUUUUGCCUUUUAUUCAGGAAUUGGAAGCUCAAUGUUUGUAUAACAACUUUUGUAUAAUCACUAAUUGUACUUUAGAUUCCAAAAUGUUGAUUAUGAUUCUGGUAAAUCCAAUCUCUUCGCUCAUGAAUCACAUAUGUCCUUUGUGAAGUGUAGUGCCCUGAACUGCUCAGUGACUCCAGGUGUGGCCUAAGCAGGACUUUGUAUAAUCUUCAAACCCCUUGUGUUCUCAUUCCCGAGAUUUAAAGGCCAGUGUUGCAUUAGCCUUUGGAUCAUUUCUGUACCUGUUUGUGACAUUUUAAAGAUCAAUUUACAAGGACCUCAAAAUCUUCGUGAACUUUCACUGUUUCUAGUUUUCUAACAUUUACAAAGUCAAGUUUAGAAUUUGGUGAGUUGCUCCUUUUCAGCCAACGUAAGACAUGAUGGACUGUGCAGCUCCUAUCUGUUCUAUAAAUGUUCCAGGAUUCAAUAGAAUGUGAGCACAAGUUGCACUGUUUAAGCCCAUGUUUACCUGAACAUAAAU